AUGGCGACUGGUGAUGUUUCCAGUGCACCCGCAACCCCAUCCAGUUCAGCCUUCGUGUCUCCUGAAAGCGAUCCCAUCAAAGUCACCGACUACCAGGUCGCCGAUCCCCAAUUUCCCACUUCAAACAACCAGCUUCGUGGCCCAAAUCUCCACCUCCGACGCACCCCAAACAAAAGCAGCUCACACAUGUCACGAAGAGACAGUUUGGAGAAGCUGGAACGCGACCUGCGCAAAACGUCCAGCAUAUCUUCGUUCAGCGAGCGCAAAUCGCCGACCAAACCGCGCUCGCGCCGAAAAGAUACAAUCGAAAACUUCCUAUCAAAGACUCCCAUCAUUCUCAAGAGCUCACUUGGACAGUUGCGAUAUCUCGUUCUGGUGGAGGGGUUGAAGGCCAACGACCAGGCAGAAUGCACCUACCGAGCAACAGUGUGGUCUGUUUUGCUCCAGGUGCCUCCCACCCGUGCUGAAGACUACAUCAGACUCAUCAAGCUGGGCCCUUCGCCCAUGUACGGCAAGAUCCGAAACGACACGUUCAGGACAAUGGCCACAGACACGGUGUUCAAGCAAAAGGUGCCGGAAGACGCGCUCAUCCGAGUUCUCAACUCAUACGCAUGGAAAAAUGAAAUGCGCGAGCAAAAGGCGAGUCUGGAAGAGGGCAUUGACCACCUGCAAAAAUCACACCGAGAUCAGUACGUUCAAGGUAUGAACGUCCUCGCAGCCCCGUUCCUGUACGUCUGCAAAAGUGAGGCAAUGGCAUUCAAUCUGCUGGACGUCAUGUUGUCUCGGGACUGCCCUCUCUACGUAAAACCCACUCUGGAGGGAGUGCAUUCUGCUCUGGCCCUCAUCGACAAGUGUCUGGAGAUCAUUGACCCAACUCUUUACAAGUACCUCAACUCCAAGAUGCUCAAGGCCGAGUUGUACGCGUUUGCAUCGGUGCUCACGCUAUCUGCUUGCACUCCGCCGCUGUCUGAGGUGGUCGUGCUGUGGGAUUUCCUGUUUGCCUACGGGGUUCACAUGAACGUGUUGUUUGUGAUUGCGCAGGUCAAUCUCAUGCGAGACAAGCUGCUGGAGAGCAAGUCGCCCAUGUCUCUUCUGCGGUCCCUGCCUCCAUUGCGAGCCCAGGAGAUUAUCAAGCUGGGCAUGAGUUUCGUUGCCAAGUUGCCCGAGGACUUGUAUGAUUUGUUGGUGAGGCAUCCAUAUGACGAGGCGAUAUAUGAGGAGGUCAAGACCAUUUAA